UAGUAUAAAUAGCAACUACCGUCGGCCAGCCCAAACAAUCUCUGACAUUAUUUUCAUCAAAAAGAAAAAAAACGAUCAAUUCAAUUCGAUCCCAAAGGAGGCUGAUAACCCUCACCAAAUCCUUUCUUCUAAAGGUAUUUUUCUUUUUAAUCCUCCGAAGCAGAUAAACGCGGUAAUUUCGGAUUUGAUUCGAGGUCCCGUAAUCGUUGAGGCCAUCUGUUUAAGCGGAGAUCGGAGCGAUGGCGGAGUCUGCCAAUGGAGAUCAUCAGCACACCAUCACGAGGCCGCCUCCGACCCCUUCUCCUCUGCGAUUUUCCAAAUUCUUUCAGGCUAAUCUGCGGAUCUUGGUUACCGGGGGUGCCGGAUUUAUUGGGUCUCAUCUGGUUGACAGGUUGAUGGAAAACGAGAAACAUGAGGUUAUUGUCGUGGAUAACUAUUUUACUGGUUCAAAAGAUAACCUCAAAAGGUGGAUUGGGCACCCAAGAUUUGAGCUUAUUCGACAUGAUGUUACGGAAACAUUGCUGGUAGAGGUUGAUCAGAUCUAUCAUCUUGCUUGUCCUGCUUCUCCAAUUUUCUACAAAUACAACCCUGUAAAGACCAUAAAGACAAACGUCAUUGGCACCUUAAACAUGUUGGGGCUUGCAAAGAGAGUUGGAGCAAGGAUCUUACUUACAUCAACCUCAGAGGUUUAUGGUGAUCCUCUUGAGCAUCCCCAGAACGAAGAGUACUGGGGCAAUGUUAACCCAAUUGGAGUAAGGAGUUGCUAUGAUGAGGGGAAGCGUGUGGCAGAGACUUUAAUGUUCGAUUAUCACAGGCAGCAUGGCAUAGAAAUUCGAAUUGCUAGAAUUUUUAAUACAUAUGGACCACGGAUGAACAUUGAUGAUGGUCGUGUAGUGAGUAACUUCAUAGCCCAAGCACUCCGAGGUGAACACUUAACAGUUCAAGCACCAGGAACACAAACUCGAAGUUUCUGUUACGUUUCUAACAUGGUUGAUGGCCUUAUUCGCCUGAUGGAAGGAGAUCAUACUGGUCCAAUCAACAUAGGAAACCCAGGUGAAUUUACAAUGAUGGAGCUUGCAGAAACUGUGAAGGAGUUGAUUGACCCAACAGUACAAGUGAAGAUUGUGGAGAAUACACCUGAUGAUCCACGUCAGAGGAAGCCUGAUAUCACAAAGGCCAAGGAACUGCUUGGCUGGGAGCCCAAGGUAACAUUACGUGAGGGUUUGCCGCUCAUGGAAGAGGAUUUCCGUCAGCGUCUUGUCGUGCCCAAAAGCCAAAACAAUUAAGGCUCCAUGGAUAUCUAGCUCUAGAUUGACUGCAUUCAGUCUGCAUUUUUGCAAGCUUGUGCAUGUUGGAUCUCUUCAUAAUAAAUGUGGUGUCCUGUCUAUCUAAUAAAGAUAUGUGCAUUGUCGACACUGGAUCAGAGGAAUACCUUCUUAAUCUUGCAACGAGCUUGUAUUGAGAUUAGUCAUGCAUCAGUUAUAAUGAAGAAGCAAAUCAUGAAAUUUAUAAAAUUGGUUUUUUUUUUCCGCCUCUUA